AUGUCUUCCAUCACACUUCGCUCAGCCCUGGAAACCACCCCAGUGGCAUACGGUUUCUGGUUAACCCUCCCCAGUGCCCCUGUCGCAAAGACUAUCCUCCGCCGCAGCCCCGAGUUCACGGAAGGCGGAUUCAGCUGGGUCCUAGUUGAUGCCGAACAUGGAUUGAUUAACGACACUCACUAUUACGAGCUCACUAAUGCCGUCGGCCACGAGGGCGCUAGUCCUAUUAUCCGUGUACCUUGGCCCGAAGAGUGGAUGAUUAAGCGCGCCCUUGAUGCCGGUGCUCACGGAAUCAUGACUCCUAUGUGUCACUCUGCAGAGGAUGCUGCCAAGGUCGUCAGCUACUGCAAGUACCCGCCUGUCGGAGUCCGUGGAUACGGGCCUAUGUUUACGCCCCAUUCAUUCCCCGGUGUGAAGCCCGCCGAGUACGAUGAGAAAACACACGGCGAAGUACUGGUUAUUGUGCAGAUUGAGUCGAGACCUGGUGUUGAGAAUGUAGAGGAAAUUGCUAAGGUUGAUGGACUUGAUGUGCUGUUUAUUGGGCCCUUCGACCUUGCUAAGCAGAUGCGUGUCACCCGCGGUGGUGAGGAGCACGAGGCUGCUAUUCAACGUGUUUUGAAUGCUGCUAGAUCUGCUGGAAAGAAGGCUGCUAUCUUCUGUUCUGAUGGCGAUGAUGCGCUCCGCCGCGCACAGCAGGGCUUUGAUAUGGUAUCCAUUACUACCGAUGUUGCUGUCAUUGGUGACGGUAUGCUCAACCAAUUAGAGAAGGCCAAGGGAAGUUCUCAGGUCCAAGGCAAGCGAGACGGUUACUAG